AUGACGCUGGGUGCCGCGGGCGCCGUGGCUGGCGGCGUCCGCUUCGCGAACGGGGGCUCCUAUGCUCGAUGCCGCCUUUCCUUCUUCUGCAAGAGGCGGCAACAACAGGCCUGGAAGGAGUAUCAACACAAGGUGCGGCUGAACAGGCUUAUUGCCAAGUUCGACCACGACAGAAACAGGAAGCUUGAAAAGGACCAGCUGAUAGAAUUGCUGACUGCCAUCGACAGUUCCACACCCGAGGGGACUACGCCUUCGGAAGAGGAGGUGAACUUUGUCAUUAGAAGCGCGGACAAGUCGAACGACGGCUGUAUAUCGGCGGACGAGCUGGAGGACGCAAUGUGCGUCUGGAUGACAUACAUGGAUCAUCGCGAAGACUGGGACGAACUGCUCAAGAAGCACGGCAAAAACGACGCUGGUACCCUGACGAGGGAAGAAUGCAAACAGUACCUGAAGGAUCUGAAUGGUGGCAGGGACGUGGAAGAGUACGAGCUGGACAUGGUCAUGAUUGAGGCCGAAGUGAACGGUAGUGGCGUGAUCACGAAGAUGAAGCUCCGCAGCGCCACGGCCGUGUGGUACGGCCACGUGGAGAGGCAGCACACCCGCUUUUGCAUGGUCUUGUGA